AUCGUCGCGAGGCUCGCGAGUGAGUGUUGUGUAUCUCGGAUAUCGAAUAUAUAUACAACGGUAAAUCCGUUUUCGUCUCAAAACGUGUUGUUUUUUUUUCGUUUUUCCCUGAUUGUGGAUUCUUCUUUUUUUUAUGUCUGGUAAGAACGAUUGUCUAACGCGCUCGUUCCACGCAAAAAAUAAUUUUCAACGAUUUAAUAAAAAAAACAGCCAACAGCCCUUCUGGUUAAUUAUCGAUGAAAAUAAAAAAUAGUGAAUGCUUAUCGGACAUGAAUAAUGCUCCUUGAGCAGUACGGAGCUGGCCUCCGUGUUGAUCUCCGAUAAACUCAUAAUCGUCAGUGCGUUAAUAAGGACAAAUCGUUUGAUGCGAUACUCGGCUCACUUCAGACUCGCGAGUUGGGACAGUUGCGUGUAAUACAAUAAGUUUUGUAAAGAAAAAUCGUAAAGGAGCCGGCGUUGGAAAAUCGGUUGAACAAUAAGGGAGGAAAAAUGUAUAAAAUUCGAUUGUACGUCGUGCCGGAGCAAGAGGAGAUAAGCGAGCAAGAUGAUGUCGACGAGGUCGAUUUGUCUCCGUCGUUGAUGCAGCGACGGAACUCUCGUCGUCCGGGAGCGGUUCGGGUGAACGUGAUUCAAAAAGAGCGUCGAUCCCAUGAGAAAAUACGUCAGGUACGUCAGGAGAUCGAAAAAUCAACGAGAGCAGUUAGCCUGACGGUCGAUCUCAACAAAUCGCCGAGGAAGAGGGAACAGUCGCACGACGAGGAGAGCAAAGAGGAGGAAACCGACAGCAACAACGAAUCAGGCAAAGAAAAUGACGUUGCGUAUUCCCGCGAGGAAGAGUCUAAAAUACAGGGAAACAAUGAAAAUGUGAUAAAGAUGAAGAAAUUGCCACCGCCAGUGCCAUUCAGAGUUUCCUCGUUACCUCAAAGGAGCGUCUUCGCCUCACCCCGAAUCCGCGAGCUCGCGAUGAAUCUUCAGGAAAAGAUGUCAGAGCGAAAUAUGGCGAGCUCCGAAAUACGUGAAAAUUCAAUAAACGACAAAAUCGCUGGCUCCGUUCCCAGCCCGAAAAAUCCAGUCGUUCGGUCCGCUACCUCAGCUUCCCGACUGCAGAGAUUCGAUCGCGAACGCAUUUCCCUUACCCGAAGCUCCAGCGCCGCCUGCAAAAGAUCGACCCGCGACAGUGCUAUCCGCAAAAGCGGACGCAAGGAACAAAGUGGCAGAUCACCCAAAAUCGUCAGAGUCAAAAACGAUCCUGACACUAAUCGAAACGACAAAGUUGCUGUCAGCUCAGUCAUCCUUCGACGAAACAAGCUCAACGGGUACAAGGAAUACGAUCUUGAACAAAAGAUCGAAGUUGAGAUCAAGAUGCGCGAAGGUUCGGCCAGAUUGUUGGCUGCUGCGCGACAUCGAGCCCAAAGCCUCGAAGCCGCUAGAGCUUUACUCACUUCGAAUGAACGGAUGUCAGCCUACAUGGCUGAAUUGCAGAGACGUAAGAAGGAGCCGGUCAAUAAAUCAAGCUUGCCUGGAAGUACGGCCCGUGUUUCCUUAUCGGAACUUCGUGUUCCUUUGAUGUGGAGGGACUCUGAUCACUUCAAGAAUCGUGGUGACUAUCGUCGAUUCGCAGUUUUUUGUUUAGCCCGAAUCGGCACAGAGAUUCACGACACAGCGCUGCUGUGUCCGGUCGAUCGGGCGCUUACGGAUAUAAGUUUUCCAGACGUUUUGCUCUUCAACAACGUCCCCGCUGAAUUUGAACUCACCCUCGAGAUAUACAGCCACAUACUUCAGGAGGAUUUGAGUAUCGCGAGUACUCCAAGAAGAAUAAAACGAACCAUUCAUUCCUCAAUUUCAAAGACCGUCGGUAAAAAAUUGGCUGCAUCUCUCCGUGAUGAAUUGAAUUCAGGAAAACUUGGACCACAUUUCGAGCUUAUGGCAUCCGCCAAAUUAACUCUCGAUGAGACAGACGAGAAUAUUCACACCCACGAUCUCAUUAUCAACAACUUAGAAAACAAGCACCAUGCUCUGCCCCUCUUCGGACACUUCUGUUGCCGAUUAGCAGCCCAGCCCGAAUGCGUUACGAAAGAAGUCUGCGCCGGAAACGUCAAUCUGAAUGAUAGGAACUGCUGGGCACGGCUGCAAAGCUUCGCCGUGCAAAGCUGGGAAUCUCGGAAACUCGCGGACGAGGAUCAGGCCCCAAUUCACAGUGUUCCCAUAAACAAGGAAACAUCGAUACAGCAGUCCAAAUCCUCGUCGAAAGAAUUGCGGAUCAUAAACAAUGUGAGUGGUUCAGAGACGACGACAACAAUCAGGUUAGACUCGACCGAAGAGGCGCAAAAGUGGCUCAGACAAUUGGUCUCCCAUGCCAAAGAUCACAGUCGAUGGAAGCACGCUGCGGAAUCCAUUCAAGAGGUGCCUUGCAUCGAAAGCGCACGAAACUCGUUCAUCAGCAAUAAAAGACAGGGGUCUCUGUACGACGAGACACCUCUCAUCGAAUCUGUACAAUCGGAUUAUCCCUCGUCGAGGCCAACAGUUCAAGAAAUCUUCGGUUUGACACCGAGUACGAGUCUGAGCAGUUGCAGCUCGAACAACAGUCCACCGAGUUUACGUUCACGUUCAUUGAGUACGAGCGGAUCACGAAAAUUGAGCGCAAGCGCUCUGAAGUCACACUGGCCAUUCUCAUCGAAAGGUCACGAUUAAAAGAGCAACUGAAAAAUUCGUUAUUAUCGUCCACGAUCCUGAGGAGUCAUGGGAUGAUACUCGAAUAACUCUGGCAGCGAAAAUCGCAAAUUUACGAGUCAAGAUUCACGUGGAUGAAAGCUCGUAGUUGAAAAAUUGUGAUUGCGACCGUACAGUACGUUGGACGUAUCGCGGCACCGACGACGACCAAUCAAAAAAUGGACAGCUGCAAUCGACGAAUCGAAUGAUUUCACCUAUCCAAAUAUUUGAGCAUUUUUAUCAAGACUGAAAAACGAAAGUGUAGAGCUAAACAUUGGCAACACUUUUUGUCGCCAUAUUGCCGUGAAAAUAUGCAGAGGGAAAAUAAUCCCCUGUUCUAAUAUAGCAAACCUCUUUUUUAGUUCCCAAAUUAGGUCCUCUAACGAUGAUUCUCUUCGGUAUUUUCCUUUUCCCUUUUUUGCAAUGCUUGGCACGAAUAAAUAAUGUUUAUUUGCGUCAAGCAUUCGAUAAGUUGCGCGUGUGCAGUAGAUAUACCGACGAUUAUUUUGAAAUAGACAUCGCAUCCAUAAGAGAAAUGGGCUCGUAACUUCAAAAAGCAAAAAAACCGUUUGUUUUUUAAGCUUUUUCUAUUAGAUAUUUUAGGACAGUGACGGUACGGUAUUGUCGAUGAUUUUCUAAAAUAAUUACCGCACAACAUUCGUGGCAUUCCUACAAAUAUUGAAAAUCUUAAGGGCGUCAAUCAAAAUUAUUCUUGUCAUAUAAUCUUUUACGCAUAAGAAAACCAUUGCUAAACAAAAAAAUUAGAAUUUGUCAAGGCAACAAAUGAAUUGCAUCAAAUAAUGAUAUGAUUGUCAUACAAAUUAUUCUCCGAGCGCCAAAAAUCAUACUUUUCUAGAGUCACGAGCCCACUGCAACAAUUAAGUGUUCUCCAAAGGAUUUAAUCCUUGGAAUGAGACCUUCAUGUUAAUUAUUCUAAUUUCGCUUAUGGAAACAAAAUUUUCAAAGUCACUUGAUUUCAAGUCGUCAAAUUAUAAGUUUCUUGUCUAUUAAUUUUUUUUUUUUCGUUCAAUACUAAUAAACCUGUGAAUAGAAUCGCUAAAAUUGUCGGAGAAGUUAUACAAUUUCAAGUAACUUCUUCCAAUUCGUUUGAUUUCGUUUAUUUUUUUCAGUUAAUGAUUCGAUGUAUAUGUUUGUUUGAACCUAUGUUAAUCGGAUAUCAGGAUAUUUCUUUUUUCAUCUUUGUAGAAAACACUGAUACAAAUUCAUUCGAAGGAUGUCUAUUAUUCAAUGGCAAUGUAAUGUAUACUGAAAAAAUGAAACAGGAUACAGCGUGUAUAAACAAUUUAAUUCUAAUUGAAAUAUAUUAUAUACAUAUAUAUA